UCACCCUUCAUCUCUCUCCCUUAUCCAUCAAAUUCUCCGCUCAGAAUAAAACAACGCUUCGUCACAUCACAGAGACCCAAAAUGGUUGAUUUCGACUGCAAAUCCAAGCUAGUCUCCUCCCCGAAGCUACCCCUGAAGCUCCGCCUCCUCGUCGCGGCUCCUCCCUUCCGUGGGGCCGCUCCCGACCUGGCAACCGCCUCUGACUCUGCCUGCUCGGCAUACGAGCAGUACCUCCGCUUGCCGGAGCUGACAAAGCUCUGGUCUGCCAGGGAGUUCCCAAACUGGAGAGCCGAGCAGCUUCUCAGGCCGGCCCUCCAAGCGCUCGAGAUCACGUUCCGGUUCAUCUCGACCACGCUCUCCGACCCCAGGCCGUAUGCCAACCGGCAGGAGUGGAGCCGGAGGCUCGAGUUACUCGCGGCUUCUCAGAUCGAGCUGAUCGCCGGUCUGAUCGAGAAUGAGGAGGAAGAAGGCAUCCCCGCGGCUCCGGUGGCGGAUCUAAGGUCGGGAGGCGGCACCUUGGCAAGGACGUCGAGCUCGUCCCUCGAGGUGUGGAGGCUCCCCGGCGAGUCCGGCGAAGGAGCCACGGUGGUGAGCCGCACUAGCGAGGAGAGCCUGCUCCCGCGGCUCGCCACGUGGCGGAGGUCCGAGGGCGUAGCACAGAAGAUCCUGUACACCGUGGAAUGCCAGAUGAGCCGGUGCCCGUACACCCUCGGCCUCGGCGAGCCGAACCUGACCGGCAAGCCGAGCCUCGACUACGACAUCGUCUGCAAGCCGAGCGAGCUCCACUCGCUGACGAAGAAGCCGAAUGACCCGUACGACAAGAUCGAGAACCACGAGAACUUGACGAUAUAUUCAAUCCACCAGAUCCUCGAGUCGUGGAUCCACGCGGCGGUCAAGCUACUCGAGCUCGCCGACGAGAGCAUCGAGAGCAGGAGCUUCGCGGUGGCAGCGCGCAGGUGUUUCCUCCUCCAGAGGGUCUGGAAGCUUAUGGAAGAGAUCGAGGAUCUGCACCUGUUGAUGGACCCGGACAAUCUGCUCCGGCUGAUGAAGAGCCAGCUCGGAGUGAAGAGCGAAGCGGUGGCCUUCUGCUUCAGAUCGAGGGGGCUGGUGGAGAUGACGAGGAUGUGCGGGGACCUGAGGCACAGGGUGCCGUACAUACUCGGCGUGGAGGUGGACCCGAGCGGCGGGCCGGGGAUGCAGGAGGCGGCGAUGAGGCUGUACCGGGAGCAUACGGAGCCGGAGAAGGUGCACCUCCUGCAGGCGCUGCAGGCGGUGGAGUCGGCCACGAAGCGGUUCUUCUACGCGAACAAGCAGGUGGUGGCGGCGGCGAUGGGGAGCCUGGAGUCGACGGGCGACUCGCUGAGCCAGUUCUUCCUCGAGCCAACUCACUUCCCGAGCCUCGACGCCGCAAAAACCUUUCUCGGGGAGCAGCUGUCGAGCUGCGGCCGGUGAGAGGGUGUGGUCGGAAGGCUGGUGGCGGGCGGUUGACUCAGUGGUAUAAGUCAAAGUGAAAAGUCGGUCGUGACUCGGUCGGAUUAGAGGGGGGUAGGAGUUGACGGAGUCGACGGGAGCUGGGAAUUAAACGGGAAAGAAUUACGAUUUGUUGAUUCUUUAUUUGGCUGAGGGUUUUAAUUUAUUUUCUCGUGUAGAAAAUUUUGCUCACACGCUAGACUCAAUUGUUGAGGAUUGAGAUUGUAAUUUUUCCACAGCAUUCAUCCCUGAAAAUGAAAGGAAUAUGUUUGAAAACU